GAUAAUCUUCUCCUUGCUUCCAAAUUUAGAAUCUUUUCAAACAUAAUUGAAUUGGAAUGUUCCAAAUAAUCGCUUGGAACCUUGUUUUUGCAUUUCCCCUUUGGCUUUGAAUAAUCCCUUGCAAUCUUGUUUUCAAUUUCCGCUGUGAGUAAUCUAAUUGUGUCUGAGCGGCAGAUGGAGAAACUCAAAGAGUACCAGCCAUUCUCUAGAAUCCCUACUGCCAUAUUAAGGGAAAUUCUGGGCAGAGUUCCGAUUAAGACGUGCUUAGCUUGUAAGCUUGUUUGCAAAGAAUGGUAUCACAUCGUUGUCGAUCCAGAUUUCUCUUCACACCGCCUCCAUUGCAAUGCGUCCCGAUCUACCAUCUUGUUUUACAAGAACACUCGACAUAUCGGUGGGGUGUUUACUUUCAACUUGCUUGAGCUUGAAAAGACCCUAUAUGACGAUGAAUUCGGUAAUUGUAUUCUGGGUGUUGAUAGUGUGAUCAGGGUUCAACCAAAAGUUGACUCAUUGGAGCUAUGGUAUCCGAGGUCUCAUUGCAAUGGGGUUGUUUGUUUGGAAAGUAAGAUGGGAAGAUACUUUGUAUGCAAUUUGCUCACUGGCCAGUGUGUGGAUGUCCAUAAUCCGUAUGAACUGAACUGGGGUUAUUUUAUAAACAAUUGUAAACUGGGGUGUUGCCUGGUGACAGGACAAUUCAAGGUUCUCAUGUUUUUUUGUAAGUUUGGGGCUAAUAAUAAUGUGCUAGCAAAGAUACAAACUUUGGGCACCUAUGAAUUGAGGAGUGUGGACAAUCCAUCCUUUGGGGACCUGAAUAGUGGUGAUGGAUGCUUUCUGAAUGGGUCUAGUCACUGGUGUGGUCUGACCUACAUAAGGGCCUUUCAUUUUGGGAAGGAGGAAUUUUUGCAGAUUCCAGUGCCCGUCGGCGCAUCUUACAAGAAGAAGAGGAAAGAAUUGAGUGUUUUGGACUCUUGCCUAUGUUUGAGUUGUUUCCCACAGUCCCAUAACCCGAAUGUCCAUGUUCAGAUGGACGUAUGGAUCAUGAAGGAAUAUGGUGUCAAAAGUUCUUGGGUGAGGCAAUUUGUCAUAGUGAGUGACCCCUGGAGUUUGCCUCUAAUGCACAUGGAUAAGGGGAAGCUACUUGUAGGGACUAGAUUUGGAAUGUACUUAUAUGAUCCGCAAACCCAUGUCUCUAAGAGAGUGAAAUAUGAGCUCGGUGGGCUUUUUCGUCACAUGGUGCCGUUCACGGAGUUUGAUGCAAGAUUCUUUAGGUUUUAAAGAUCAGACUGGCAAAGAUCCAACUGGCAAAGACACAGACUUUGGGUAGCAGUGAAUGGAGGAAUGUGGGAAAUGCGCCCUUGAAGAUUAAGACUGUUUGUUUCAGCCUCUUAAUGGUUCAGAUGUCUGAAUGGUUAAGAGAUUUGCCUCUGAAUGGUUAAGUAUUAUACAGAGUCUGAAUGGUUAAGAGCUGUUAUCUGAAUUGAUCAGACAUUUGCCUCUGAAUAGUUAAGCAAUAUACUAGCUCUUAAUGG